UCACGCCUGCGCCAGAAAACAAGAUGGCGGAGAGUGCGGAAUUGAAGCAAAUGGUGAUGAGCCUACGUGUCUCAGAGCUUCAGGUUCUUCUGGGAUACGCAGGUCGCAACAAGCAUGGACGGAAGCACGAACUCUUGACCAAAGCGCUACACUUGUUGAAAGCCGGCUGCAGCCCCGCCGUGCAAAUGAAGAUUAAGGAGCUCUACCGCCGCCGCUUUCCCACAAAGAUGGUGUCCCCGACAGACCUCUCGCUCACGGGCCUACAUGCCAGCUCCAGAGUGGCUCCAGCAGGGCUCCCCACCAGCCUGACCCAUCUGGGAUUUGAUGGGCACGGCUCGCCCUCUCUACUACCUGUAGCGCUGCUUGGUCCAAAGCAUGAGCUGGGCCUGCCCCACUUGCCCGCAGCCCUUCAUCCAGUCCAUCCAGACGUCAAGCUUCAGAGGCUGCCAUUCUAUGAUGUUCUUGAUGAGCUGAUCAAGCCCACCAGUUUAGCCUCAGACAGCAGUCAGAGAUUUCAGGAAACAUGUUUUGCGUUUGCGCUCACGCCUCAACAAGUUCAACAGAUCAGCAGUUCAAUGGACAUCUCCGGGACCAAAUGUGACUUCACCGUGCAAGUACAGCUAAGGUUUUGCUUAUCAGAAACAAGUUGUCCUCAGGAAGACCAUUUCCCACCCAACCUUUGUGUGAAAGUGAAUGGAAAACCCUGUAACCUCCCUGGAUAUCUUCCUCCAACCAAAAACGGAGUGGAGCCAAAGCGACCGAGCAGACCCAUCAACAUUACCUCCCUGGUUAGGUUGUCUACAACCGUUCCCAAUACCAUUGUUGUGUCAUGGACGUCAGAAAUCGGAAGGAGUUACUCCAUGGCAGUGUACCUGGUCCGACAGCAGUCCUCGUCAGUUUUGCUUCAGAGACUACGUUCAAAAGGGAUCCGAAAUCCAGACCACUCUAGAGCGCUCAUUAAAGAGAAGCUUACUGCCGAUCCUGACAGUGAGAUUGCCACCACCAGUCUGCGUGUCUCCCUGCUCUGUCCGCUCGGAAAAAUGCGGCUGAUGAUUCCCUGCCGAUCGCUCACCUGCUCACAUCUACAAUGCUUUGAUGCUACGCUCUAUAUCCAAAUGAACGAGAAGAAACCCACGUGGGUGUGUCCAGUCUGCGACAAGAAAGCUCCAUAUGAACAUCUUAUUAUUGAUGGAUUGUUCAUGGAGAUUCUGAGCAGCUGUGUGGAUUGUGAUGAGAUUCAGUUUAAGGAAGAUGGCUGUUGGGCUCCUAUGAGAUCCAAGCGGGUGGUCCAGGAGGUGUCAGCCUCAUCCAACGGCGUUGACGACUCUUGUCUGUCAGUUCUGUCAGACCACAGAAACAGUUCAUCCCAUGGCAACAGUAAGAAGGUGGAGGUGAUUGACCUGACACUGGAUAGCUCCUCAGAUGAUGACGAUGAUGAUGAUGAUGAUGACGAUAAUGAUAAUGACGAGCCUCCAACUAAAAGAAACUGCCCAUCUUUAUCACCCACAUCUCCGCCUGUCAACAAAGGAGUGUUAAAUCUGCAUCAUCAGGCAUCCCCACUAGCAAGAGCUCCAAGCAUGCCAGCAGUGGAGACAAAUUACAUCCCUCCCCCUCCUCCUCUCAUCCAGGACUACCGUCACUAUUACCACACACCCACUGACCUGCCGGAUCUGAAUUUCUUCUCAUUUUUACAAGGUGACAAUCACCAGCAUUAUAACAUGGUCAUGGCUGCUGCGGCCGCUGCCUCGGCCUCCGCGUCGGCAUCAGAAGAUCACGAUCUGCUGCUGAACCGUUUCAUGCCCUACAGUUCCUCUCAACUGUUCUUGGAGCAGUCGGGGACGGCGGCGAGCAGCUCGCUAGGGCCCGCCAACGGCAGCGGGGGGAGCAGCAGCGGGAGCAGCAGCAGUCUGGUGUCCUCCAGCAGCCUCAGAGACAGCCACCCUCACAACAACGCCUCCCGUUCACGCUCCGACGCCUCCACUUCUGUCAUAUAUGGCUCCAUCCCUGAUGUCAUUUCACUGGACUGACCACACGGGGGCGCCCCACAAACAGACUAGCCUUUAUCACGAACAAAGGAGGGCGAAGAAACUUGUGCACUCAUGAUUUAGACAUGAAUGAGGUGGAAGGAGGGGAAAAAGAGAACAAAGACUUUUGUAAAGAGAAUACAAUUGCUGUGUACAGAGAAGAAAAAUCUAUUUUCAGUUUUACUUUUGUAUAUAAACAAUAGGGCGCUGCCUACCCAGUGAGUGACUUCAGUUGGUAUUUCCUUCAUGGAUACUGAAGGUGUUUUUCACUGCUCUGUGUGUUGUUUCUAGAUGAUCUUAUUCUGUACCUUUUAUACUUUUUGCUAUUUCAUUUAGCCUCGAAUAAUUCUUUCAGGCACAGUAAUGGAAAGGCAGUCAGUAUCAUUUUCUUCUGUUUAGUCGUGAGACUAGCCCUCAGCCAUCGUUUGAACAAUGAGGGAACAUCAUUAUUUAAUGCCAUUGUCCUGUGCAGGUAAUUUAUUAUUGCUUUUAAGUUAUGUAGGACGUAUGCUGUACAGAAGCAUUCCCUUACGCCAACACACAAUCUAGCCACGACAAGCUUGAAAAGUUGAUUGAGGUCACGUCUUAUUCCAGUAGCACAUUCUCUCUCACCGUCUACCACAGUAUGUAAGACAUGUAUUUAUGUUCAAAGUAUGCAUUGGCCAAAUUUGUUGGUUAUUUCUUGAGGUUAACCUUGUUGAAUGGUUUUCAUAGUUUGACUUUUUGUAUGUACUGAGGUGAGGUUGAGAAAAAAAUUCAGGCACUCUUGUGUACCUCAUGAGUCAGUUGGUUCCAGAUUUGAGAGUAAAAUGAACAGAAUUAUGUUGCAUCUUAGAAAUGUAUUUUCUGUAAAACAAGGACCUUAUGAAGAGAUCACAUUUCACACAAGCAGACCUUUUUUUGUUAAAACCACAUAGUUGUCUAAAUUUAAAUGGCUUUAGAUGUUCAAAUACACACCAUAUCUAAAAAGACUGCAUUCUGAUUCUGGUUUUAAACUGCAAUGGCCAUACUUUUUAUAUCUUGAAAAAAGUACACUUGUUUCUCUUAAUGUCAUUGAAAUUUAUGAGUAGAAUUGGCAGUUGAAAGCUAUUCAGUAGCCAAAAUCUUUGGUUAAAGUUAUGGCUGCAUGCACUUGCUUAUGUAGACAUGACUUGCAAUGUCCCAUCUUAAUUUGUUGAGAACACAAUGUUCUCCCAAAGUGUCAUUUUUUCAAGGGAUGUGUCAUUUAGACUUUAAGUAUCAUUAGUUCCCUGUCAAAAACUUCAGUAAGAUGCAACAAAGACUGAAACCAACUGUGAUCUGUAACAUCAUACCCCCAUCUUGACCAGCCCCCCCCCCCCCAGUAACCUAAUAGGUUUUCAAAGUGCGUUUGGGAAGGGUGACCGUAUUGCAACAUUAUCUGUGCUGUCUGGUUUUGACUGUAUAAAACUGAAUUUAUUUAUUUUAUCUAUUACAUUUUUAAUAUUUGAUUGAUUACGUAUUACUGUCAUGCAUUUAUUUCAUAAUUAUUUUCAGAGCUCUUAACACAUGCUUUGCAUUGUACAAGUAUCUAAUUCUUUCCAUGUCUCUCAUUCUCCCAUAUCUGUACUGAGACACCUGAGGCAUUAAUUCUACAAUCUUAAUUGCUGUGUCAGAUUCAACAUUUGUUGAAAUUAAACCAUUUAACAGAUAAACCCAAGCCGAGUGUGCGUAUCCUCUGGCUCCACUUUGAUGUGACAGUGAUGAGGCAUUGGAUACUAAUUGCUAAGCAAUUAUCUUCCUCCAUUAAAAGAGGUUGUAGAACACUGUCUAAUGUUGGGUCUUGAUGAGAGUUAGCAAAUACUUUUAAUCACAGUGAUUUGAUUCUAGCCAGUACACAGAACAGGCCACUAACCUUCCUUAAUGAGUGUUUGCAAGUGAUUUUAUCUUUAAGAGCAAAUGUUAAACUGAGUUUAAAAUGAACAUAAUUGGAUUGAAGAACCCAAGCGUGUUUCAUUUUUAUUUCUUUUUUUAACAUAUUGAGUUGACCACCAUUCCAAAUCUUCCAUUUGGCGUUUAAUUCACUGAAGUCAUAAAUUUCAUGUCCACCAUGAAUCUCCAUGUCUAUUUGAUUUUGAAUACCACUAGACAGUCCAGUUUAGUUAUACCAACUGGCAAGUUUGAACUCUCUGCCUUAAGUUCUUUUACUGUAUAUGGUACGCUAUGAGAGGAACCAUUAUGUACAGUAAACCAGUACCAGUUUGUAUAAAAUAUUAUAUGAAUUAUUUAUUAUUUGAAUUGGGAUACAUUGUUUACCUAAUGAAUGUUACUUGUUUAUGUAGAGAGCGGUUUAGCUGUAAUAAAAACAAAUACAUUCGAUCUUUUUUA